AUGUGGAAAAAAAGAAAAACAUGUGGUGGAGUAAAAAGGAAAAUUAAAAGAGAAUAUCAAAAUAUUAUUAAUUAUCAACCAAACAAAACCAGUGAUACUGAGCCGUCAUGGGAAGACAUUGAAAAGAACAAAUUCAUUGAUCGAACAAUCGAUAGUCAAGCGCGAGUUCAGUCAACGUCUAAUGAAGGUUCCGUAGCAAAAACGGCAUACGAUAAUAAAAGUGAGGAUUUAGAAAAGCCUCCGGAACUUGAUAGUGAUUUAGAUUCAUGCAGCAGUGCAAGUUCAAAUAAUGAUGAUGAUUUUUCAAAAAAUUUAACAUUCCGUCGUCAAAUUAAGGAAUGGGCUAUUGAAAGAAAUAUAUCUCAAAUAGCUCUUAGCGACUUAGCUACAAUUUUAUAUUGCAGAUUUCCGGGAAUUUUACCAAAGGACGCCAGAACAAUUUUAGGUACUGUCAAACAAAUACAUAUAAAGACUAUAGAAAAUGGAGAAUAUUGGCAUAAUGGUCUAACUAAAUGUCUACGUAAAACAUUGGAAAACUGGGUUGAUGUUCCUAACAAAGUGAAAUUAAAUUUUAAUUUUGACGGUCUCCCAAUAUUUAAAAGCUCCAAUAAAGAAUUUUGGCCAAUAUUAUGCAAUAUCUAUGAAAGACCUGACAUAGAUCCAUUUGUUAUUGGUAUCUAUUUUGGUGUUGGAAAACCAAAAGAUAUUGAUCAAUAUUUAGAUGAUUUUGUAAAAGAAAUAGGAAAUUUAAUAAAAGAAGGAAUUUAUAUCGAAAAACCAAAUAAAAUAGUAUCCAUUGAAAUCAGAUGUUUUAUAUGUGAUUCUCCAGCGAGAGCUUACAUUAAAGGUACCCAAAGUAUA